AUGUCUUCCCGCCGCAGCGCCAUGUUCAAGGAGGAGGAAUGGGCGCGUGUCCAGCCGAUCAUCCGCAAGCUUUACCUCCUCGAGGACAAGAGUCUCAAGGAUGUCGUCACCAUACUGAGCACCUUUCACAACUUUCGUCCAAGCAAGGCCCAAUUAGAGUCGAAACUCCGGCAAUGGCACAUGGCCAAGAACAUGACGAGCAUGGAGUGGAAGCACGUCGACAUGAGGAUACGCAAGCGACGCCUCCAGAGCAAAGAGAGCAAGGUCUAUCUGUCGGGCAUUCCACUGCGUUGUGCGACUGUUGAGAAGGCGAGAGGCCGCCAUUCCAUCGAGUCUACCCUCGACAGAUUCACGGGAAAGGCACCACCUUCACCAGAAGAUUUGUCCUUGAUCAUCUGCACGCCGUCCCCGCCAGCAGAGGUACAAGUUUGGGAAACACAAAACAUUCCCUGGCUACUCGCAACAAACUUCCUCAGAGGUAUGCGCAAUAUUUGUAGAUUCUGUUGUCUUACCUUGCUUGAUGCUAAUUGCAUCAUCACCUAG